UAUUCGCGCGUGCUGUGCUAGUCAUGGCGGCUGCCCGAAAACCUUUGGAGUUCCAUGCCAGGCGGCCCUGGGGUCCGGAGGAGGGGGUCGAAGAUCCGGACGAGGAAGACGAGGAUGAUAACGAUGAAGCCGCGAAUGGGUUCUCCCUGGAGGAAGUGUUACGGCUCGGAGGCACCAAGCAAGAUUACCUUAUGCUGGCUACUUUGGAUGAGAAUGAAGAAAUGGUGGAUGGAGGCAAAAAAGGAGCAAUUGAUGACCUUCAACAAGGUGAAUUGGAAGCGUUUAUUCAAAAUCUUAGUUUGGCCAAGUAUGCAAAAGCUUUCUUAAUUGAAGAAGAUGAACCAGCUAAAAAAGAAGAUGCCAGCGAAAAAGAAGCAAAAGUAUCUAAAGUAGAUAAUAGAAAGCAAAAUGCAGCAGAAAAUGAAAGGAAAUCAAUCGGUAGUAAAGUGAAAAAUAAAAAGUCAGAACAACAUUCUAUUGAGAACAACAGUGCCACACCAAAAGUGAAGAAAGAUAAACAACAGGACAUCUUUGAAUUCUUUGAGAGACAGACGUUAUUACUCAAGCCUGGAGGCAAAUGGUAUGAUCUAGAGUAUAGCAAUGAAUAUUCUUUGGAACUCCAGCCUCGGGAUGUUGUGUCUAAGUACAAAACGUUGGCUCAGAAGUUGUAUGAGCAUGAAAUCAACUUAUUCAAAAAUAAGACGAAUAAUCAAAAGGGAGGCUCUUCUACCUGGAUGAAGGCAAUUGUGUCAUCAGGGACGCUAGGUGACAGGAUGGCAGCCAUGAUUCUGCUUAUUCAGGAUGAUGCUAUUCACACACUCCAGUUUGUAGAAACUCUCGUGAACCUUGUUAAAAAGAAGGGCAGCAAACAGCAGUGCCUCAUGGCUUUGGAUACUUUCAAAGAGUUACUCAUUACAGACCUUUUGCCAGACAGUCGGAAGCUACGGAUUUUCAGCCAGCAUCCUUUCAACAAACUAGAAAAGUUGUCCAGUGGCAACAAGGAUUCAAGAGACAGGAGGCUGAUCCUAUGGUAUUUUGAACACCAGCUGAAACAUCUAGUGGCUGAAUUUGUGCAGGUCUUAGAAACUUUAAGUCAUGAUUCAUUAGUAGCCACCAAAACUCGAGCCCUUACAGUGGCUCAUGAGCUCCUUUGUAACAAACCUGAGGAAGAGAAGGCCCUUCUUGUGCAGGUGGUAAAUAAACUGGGAGAUCCUCAAAACAGAAUAGCCACAAAAGCCUCCCAUCUAUUAGAGACAUUGCUGUGUAAGCAUCCCAAUAUGAAAGGCGUUGUGUGUGGUGAAGUAGAAAGGCUGCUCUUUCGCUCAAAUAUCAGCUCCAAAGCACAAUAUUAUGCGAUUUGCUUUUUAAAUCAAAUGGCCCUCUCCCAUGAAGAAAGUGAAUUGGCUAACAAAUUAAUAACUCUUUAUUUUUGUUUUUUUCGGACUUGUAUCAAGAAAAAAGAUAUUGAAUCAAAAAUGCUUAGUGCCCUUUUAACAGGAGUGAAUAGGGCAUACCCUUAUGCCCAGACUGGUGAUGACAAAGUGAAGGAGCAGGUUGACACACUGUUUAAAGUGUUACAUAUUGUGAAUUUUAAUACCAGUGUGCAGGCUUUAAUGUUGCUUUUCCAAGUAAUGAAUUCUCAGCAGACAAUAUCGGAUCGAUAUUAUGCAGCAUUAUAUAGGAAGAUGUUGGAUCCAGGAUUGAUGUUGUGUUCUAAACAAGCCAUGUUUCUUAACCUUGUCUACAAGUCUCUGAAAGCUGACAUCGUGUUGCGCAGGGUGAAGGCUUUUGUGAAGAGGUUACUUCAAGUUACUUGUGAACAGAUGCCACCAUUCAUAUGUGGAGCUUUGUACCUUGUGUCUGAGAUCCUUAAAGCAAAACCAGGUUUAAGAAGUCAACUAGAUGAUCAUCCGGAGUCUGAUGAUGAAGAAAAUUUUAUUGACAUACGAGAUGAUGAAGACAUAGAAAAAUUCACUGAUGCAGAUAAAGAAACAGAUACAGUGAAAAAAGUUGAGACAGACGAAACUGUGUCUGAAAGUCAUAUGGAAACCAAAAAAUCAGAGUCUGCUUCUUGGGUGCACUUUGAUAAUUUGAAAGGUGGCAAACGGUUAAACACGUAUGAUCCAUUCAGUAGAAACCCUUUGUUCUGUGGAGCUGAAAAUACAAGUCUUUGGGAACUCAAAAAGCUAUCUGAGCAUUUUCAUCCCUCUGUGGCCCUUUUUGCAAAGACUAUCCUUCAGGGAAAUUAUAUUCAGUAUUCAGGGGACCCGCUGCAAGAUUUCACACUAAUGAGAUUCUUGGAUCGAUUUGUGUACCGCAAUCCAAAGCCACAUAAAGGCAAAGAAAACACAGACAGUGUUGUGAUGCAGCCAAAAAGAAAACAUUUUCUGAAUGAUAUUCGCAGUCUUGCUGUGAACAGUAAGGAGUUCCUUGCAAAAGAAGAAAGCCAAAUACCAGUGGAUGAAGUGUUUUUCUACAGGUAUUAUAAAAAAGUUGCUAUUGUUAAAGAGAAACAAAAACGGAAUGCAGAUGAAGAAAGUAUAGAAGAUGUGGAUGAUGAAGAAUUUGAAAAGAUGAUUGAUACAUUUGAAGAUGAUAAUUGUUUCACUUCUGAAAAGGAUGACCUUGAUUUUGCUGGCAACUUGAAAAAGAAAACAAAAGGAGCUAAGGCUGACCCAGAAGAUGAAGAUUCAGAAGGUAGUGACGAUGACCUUGAUAACCUGGACGAUGAUGAAGUUUCUUUAGGAAGUAUGAAUGAAGAAUUUACCAACAUCGAUGAAGAGGGAGGAACAUUCAUGGAUGUGUUAGAUGAUGAAAAUGAGAGCAUUCCAGAACUUGAUGAAGUCAGCUCCGAAGUCAAUACUAAGAGAAGCAAGAGAAAAGGUGCAAAUGAUUUUGACUUUGCUGGAUCGUUUCAAGGACCCAGGAAAAAAAAGAAAAGAAAUCUCAAUGACCCCAACCUAUUUGUAUCUGCUGAAGAGUUUGGCCACCUAUUGGAUGAAAAUAUGGGAUCCAAGUUUGAUAACAUUGGCAUGAAUGCCAUGGCUAACAAAGAUAAUGCAAGUCUCAAACAGCUCAGAUGGGAGGCUGAACGGGAUGACUGGCUACACAACAGAGAUGUGAGAAGUAUCAUCAGGAAAAAGAAAAAUUUCAAAAAGAAGAGGCCAAAAACCACUCAAAAAACUAAAAAGCAAAGAAAAUGAGUGUUUUCUAAAUAAAUUGUAAAUUAAAAUUCAACUUACUGCUAAUUUUUGCUGUUCAUCCAUUUUUCUUGAUCUUGCUCUCUGAUUCCAUACAUUCCAGACUGUUCAAUGGAUUUGUAAUAAACUAUAAAUAAAAAUAGCUGUCAUUUAUAAAAUCGUGUAAAAGUGUUAAACUACAUUGAGAAAAAUCAAACUUUUUUUCCUUAUUUCUACAGAGAAAAAUAAAAAAGCUGAUAAUAGGAUACGCAUUUCAUGUACAAGCUCUAGCAUCUCUACUUAUCAUUGUAAUGAGUACUAUUUAUUAAGCAUUACUUGAUACCAGAUACUGUACUGAGUGAUUAACAUAAUGUCAUCUUGUUCAACCCUUAUAACAGUUCAUGAGGUGGGUCUUGUUAUCUCUGCUUGACAAAGAACAGUUCCAAGAAGUUAGCAAACCAGAGAUGGUUUUAAGGUUUGACUCCAUCACCGUCUCAGAUCCAUCUCAUUCCACAGUCUACGUUCUUAACCACUGAAAGGAUUACAAAUCAGCCCAUUAGCUAACUGCGCUCAUCUCUAGAGGAGAAUUUUCUCCCUUUCUGUAUUCUCAGAAAGAGCUAAAAUAGGGAUAAAUAGUAUUUUUGGAAAUUGACAUCACAGAAUAAAAAGUCAUUUAGCCCUUAAUUGGUCAUAAAGAAAUUAAUUUAUAGGUUACCUGAAAAAGUUGUUUUGUACUCUUACUUUUACUUAGGGAAAAACAUACCUUCCAAGAUGAAGGGAUAUUUCUUGCUCAUUGUUUGCCUGAAAUCUGAUGAAAAAAGAAGUCUUAAAAUUAGACAUGAUUAGAAAUUAAUUGUAUUAACACAUGGGCCAUAAUUUAGUGCUAACUUUAGGGUCUAUAAGAUAGGAAUCCUAUAGAUUAGAAAUUUGUGUUAAAGUGAAAUAUAUCCUUUUGGAUAGGGUCUAAGUUGCUCUUGUGUUACAUGGUAGCCUUCUAUAGUUACUUUGGAGUUUUUAAAAUUUGGCCUGUAUAUAUGAUAUAAUUUAUUUAGAAAUGGUAUUUAAAAGCAAAUUUUCAGUGUUAAUGUGUAAUUCCCUUUUGUAACUUUAUGAAUUGUUUUUAUGGAUGCCAUUUUACCUUGUUAUGGAAUUAGAAACGACUGUUGUACCCAGUUUUUGAAGCUGAUCCUAAACUUUAAUUUGCUUUUAAAUACUGUUGGAUGUUUUCUUUUAUACCCUUACAGUUUAAAAGUAUAGAGAUUUUGUGACUAUCCAAUAGAAUCCUGGAACAGUGUUUGUUCUAGUGAAGUACUUUAAAAGACAAAUGACAAGUUUCAAAGAUGGCCACCACCCCAGGACUACUAUUCCUUGCUUUAGGGAAACAGAAAUCACUUCCUAAUUCUAAAAGUUGAGGGCUCUAAUAUAAAAUUUCCCCAAAAAAAUGUCAGAGCACUUUCAGUGACAGCCAGUGGCAUGGGAAAGGUUUUUAGCUCCCAGUGUUGAUGCAGAGGAAGAACUCUGCUAGCCUGGGACACUGGUUACUUGACAGUUCAGCUAUGCUACCUCUUGCUUUCUCAGUCUACCAAACAAGGAGGUAUAAUGGGCAGGGUGAAUUUCCUCCGUCUCUGCUCCCAAACUAAACCAGACCAAGGACACUUGCUGUAUGCCCCCCACUAGUAAAAUCCAUGGAAGUGUGAAACACUUUCCCUGGUCUACAAACUUUUUUUUUAGGGAGAAGUGUCAUUUAGUCUACAAUAAUUAACACCUAUUUUCCCCUUGCACCCAUAAAAAUGCCUAAUACAUUAAAUCUGAAGAAGCAAUUUAUCUUAAAAUGCCAUUUAGCACCUAAAAUGCAUUAGGAACCUGCACACCCCUCUAAAAAACGUUAACUUAUGAAUUAUGAUUACCUUGGCUUGUGUUCAUCUUAUUAAACAAAAAAUAUGCUCCAAAAACGCCCACAAGUUCAGCUACUAAAACUCCUUUAAAGAUCUUCUUUGCCAGUGGUUCCAUAGUGCGGGCCAUC